AUGUCGCUCAAUGUCAUCGACCUUGUCUCCUCCAGCCCGUCUCCUCUCUCGCACCACCUCAAGCGUGCAGCCGAGGCAAGCAACUCGAGCCAUCAUGCAGAGCCAACGGCCCAGGCACUUCUCAGCGCCGACUCCGACCUGCUCUCUCUUUCCGACCAAGACUUUGACGAACUUCUCUUCGACUUGGGCGAGUCCUGCAGAAAACGACGGAGAACGAGCCCCGCGUCGCGGCCCGUGACUGUGGCCCCGAGUCUCGCAUCUCGACCACCGCUGGUGCUUAGUCGCAAUGCCCCGCUUCGCCCAAGGGCCCCUGACCCCAUUGAGGUCUCCAGCUCGAUGGAGCUGGCGUCGCCCAAGGACCGACCGCACGCUGCUUCCGAGGACAUGGUUGCUGCGCCCUCCAGAGUCGCAGCAGCGUACGUUGACUCCGACCCUUUUGCCAGCUCGCCCGAUCCGGCCCGUCACAAAAACAGUCGCAUGGGACCGCCUGUCCGACGCGCCGUGUCUCUCGACCCCUUCGUCGGCUCCAGCUCCCCGAUGGGCGUCAUCAGCUUGUCACCCAGGCGUUUCCCAGCCCGGAAACAGGUCUCGUCCAUCGCCGACUCGUCUCCCGCCGCGCAGUGUCUGUCCGAACUCGACCAUGACCAGCGUCAUCGUGCGGCAUCAACGUCCUCCCGACUUGCGAGAAGAAGCAAACAGCCUGAUGUAAUCAGCAUCGACUCAAGCUCAUCAGACGGUACCAACGACAGCGACUUCCCCGACAUCCCCAUUCGCUCGAACCGCGAUCCCUCCCGGCUCGACGGUAAGCACACUGCCGACCAGAAACAGAAGCGCGCGACCGAAAGCGCGGCCGGAAAGGAGCGAAAGCGUUACGAGCGGGAGCAAGCCAAGGAAGCCAGGGCUAGAGAAAAGGAACACGCUGCUGCGUUGGCCGAAGCAAACAAGCUCCGCACGGAUAAGAAGGUGUCCACCCCCGAAAUGAUUGUCAAUCUUGCCUCAAGCCUUGGCUUUGAGCACACGGAGCAAGUGCAGACACUCCUCUCGGAGCUGGGGGUCGACCACGUGACGUGGGAGAGUCCGGUCCACGGCAUCGUCAAGUGGCGACGAAAAGUCACAUGUCACUUCGACCUCGACUUGGGUCGCUGGGAACCCAUUCCCCCGCACAUCCAAGAGGAAAAGCAUGUCCUGGCGAUUUUCACCGCCGAGGAAUUUGUCGGCUCAGUCUUAAACAAUGAAUUAGAGGCCCAUGCUCGCAAGGUCAGGGAGCACUUUUCCGGUCAUCAAGUCAUCUAUAUCCUACAGGGCAUCACACCGUGGAUGCGCAAGAACCGCAAAGUUCGCAACCGCCAAUUCGCCUCUGGCGUUCGCGUAAAUCAAGCGCCCAAACCGAUCCAAGGCCGUCAACGGCGACGCGAUGCGACCGAGUACAUCCCGGAGGACCAGGUUGAGGACGCCAUGCUUCGUCUGCAGAUGGGGCAUGGUGUUUUUAUCCAUCAUACCGCGACCUCAAUAGAGACGGCUAAGUGGGUGGUUACGUUCACGCAGUACAUCUCGACAAUACCAUACAGGAAGCAAAAGGACCACGCAACGUCAUCGGUUGGCUUCUGCAUGGAAAGCGGGCAGGUCAGGACAGGCGAUGGGCCCAAGGAUACAUAUGUCAGAAUGCUCCAAGAGAUUGUGAGGAUCACGGCCCCGAUCGCCUACGGUGUGGCCAACGAGUUUGCCAGCUUGAGCCAGCUGGUGCGGGGUCUAGAGAACGGCGGUCCCGAGAGGCUCGAAAGUGUCAAAAAGAGCGCAAACAAGGACGGUCAGCUUUCGGACCGUGUCAUCGGGCAGGCCGUCAGCCGCAGGUUGUACAAGGUCUUCACCGGAUGUGAUGAACUGAGCACAGAUAUUUGA